AUGGCGACCGACAUGCCCUUCAUCAUCUCUUCGAUUGGACAGUACGGAGAUGGCGCAAAGAACAGGCAGCUGGUCAGGAGGCAUGUCAUGCUCGGGAAGAACAAGGGCAAGAAGAGGCCGAGGAAACCCUUCAGACUUGAACAGGAUCAUGAGUCUCCAUUGGGCGAUGCAGACCAGUCAUGUCGAGGAAAAGAUUACAAUGUCCCGCCGAAAGUAGGCACUGACCUCUCCUUCAUCGACUUCGCCGACACAGUGGAGCUCUCCCUCAUCGGCGACAUCCUCAAAUUCACAAAAAUUUCGAAACAAACCUUCUUCCCCCUGGAGCCCUGCAUCGCCUUCGACAAAAAGCUCAAAUUCCAACAAUCCUUCGUCCCACUGACUUUCGACGCCCUCUACCUCAACGCCAUGGUCUUCUCGACGCAGUCAUGGUACUGCGCAACGACUUCCAGAACCAUCGACAAGCGGAUUUCGUACCAUCUCGUCAAGUCCAUCGGCUUGCUGAGAGAUCGAUUGACGGAUGCUGCUGGAGAGGGUGGGAAGGAGAGGAUCUCGGAUCCGACGAUUAACGCGAUUGUUAUGCUUGCAGGGCAGGCGUUGUUGAUGGGAGAGGAGAAGACGGCGAGAAAGCAUGUCGUUGGCAUGAAGAGGCUUGUGGAGAUGAGAGGUGGCUUAAGCACUUUGGAAAAGAACACGAAAUUGCUGCUCGAGGUGUUGAGGAUCGAUAUCUCCCUGGCCCUGUACACGGAUUCUCCACCCAUUUUCCGAGAUGCAUGUUCGAAGGAGCGCUGGUUUCGACUUCCCCAGACAGCAUCCACCUGCGAAGCUGAAAGGCACACUCCUCAUCUCGUCAGCGACGAAUUGAUCCAGCUAUGGCUCACGAUGCACCACUUCGCCACUCUGAUCAACAAUGCGACAUCCGCCGGUCAUAAACUCCCCGAAGAACUCAUGCUCGAGACCAUGGCGGCUGUCAUGCAUCGCCUUCUCGACAUGACGUUCGAAGACUCCUCGGUGGAGGAAGCGGUCCGUCUAGGCCUCCUAGCCUUCUGCUCACAGGCCUUCCUCCCUUGGAUGAGCGUGAAGUUGCCGUUUGAUAUGUUUCCUCAGGCUUAUGUACGCUGCAUGGAGGCUGUUACGACUUCUGGGUCCAUAACACCUGGAUUGGCAAUGUGGUUGCUCACCAUAGGCAGCAUUGCGUUGUUCUCACCGGGUUGUGUGAACGAUAGUAUGCAAUCGUCGCUACGAGGUAUAAUUGUUGGCUCAGGAGUUAAAUGCUGGGAAGAUAUGCGGGGAAUAUUGAAAGGAUACCUCUGGCUGGAUUUGAUAUUCGACGACGUUGCUGCGACUCUUUUGCGAAACAUGAUGGAAGUACCAAGACAAGACGAUGACACCUCCGCCAAUUCUACUUGA